GCACUACCCAUCGUAGGCGGCAGCGAAUCGCAUUCGUCACAUCUUUCGGAAUCAGCACGUAGGUAUCUGCGGUUGUACUGCGAUAGCCGAGCGCGCGAUUAGACUGUGUAUCUGUCGAUUCGACACUACCCGCUAACCGCCCUCACCCCCUCUCUCUAGGCGCAAGCAGCCUACCAGACUCGGCCGACGCGUGGACGGAGAGAACAGGUCGACAACACAGGUCCGGAGCGGAGAGCGUCUGCGCGCACGCAGCCAUGUCUUCGAACAGCCACGACGGCAUCAACCAAAAGUUGCACGCCUCGCUGCCGUCUCCCGUCGCCGAUCGGCUACCGCACAUACCCGAAUCCAAAGAUGAGCUGAAGGCUGAGUUGAAGGCUGAGGCCCAAGUUGCCGCCAGCAGCCUGUCGUCCCAGCUGCGAUCCUUCGCCGCUGGCGGCUUCGGAGGCGUCUGUGCUGUCGUAGUCGGCCACCCCUUCGACCUUGUCAAGGUACGCCUGCAGACAGCUGACAAGGGCGUCUACUCUUCCGCCGUCGACGUCGUAAGAAAAAGCAUCGCGAGAGAUGGCCUAAGGCAGGGGCUUUAUGCCGGAGUUAGUGCGCCGCUGGUGGGCGUCACGCCCAUGUUCGCCGUCUCUUUCUGGGGGUACGAUCUCGGCAAGCAGCUCGUGACCACCGUUUCCGCGCCGAGUCCCACCGGUACCCUCUCGAUUGGCCAGAUCAGCGCCGCCGGCUUCUUCAGCGCGAUUCCCAUGACUGCCAUCACGGCGCCCUUCGAGCGCGUCAAGGUGAUUCUGCAGGUCCAGGGCCAGCGCCUCAAACCCGGAGAGGAGCCCAAGUACAAGGGCGGUCUGGACGUCGUGCGCCAGCUCUACCGCGAGGGUGGCGUGCGCUCCGUAUUCCGGGGUAGUGCCGCUACCCUCGCCCGCGACGGCCCAGGAAGCGCCGCCUACUUCGCCGCCUACGAAUAUAUCAAGCGGCGCCUGACGCCACGCGACCCGGCCACCGGAGCACCCAAGGGUGAGCUCAGCCUCACGGCCAUUACGUGCGCGGGCGGCGCCGCCGGAAUCGCCAUGUGGAUUCCCGUCUUCCCCAUCGACACCGUCAAGAGCCGGUUGCAAACUGCGGAGGGGAAUGUAAGCGUUGGCGGCGUCGUGCGCGAGCUGUACGCCCGCGGCGGCGUCAAGGCCUUCUUCCCCGGCUUUGGGCCCGCCCUCGCCCGGGCCGUGCCCGCGAACGCGGCGACCUUCCUCGGCGUCGAGCUCGCACACCAGGCACUCAAGAAGGUGUUUGGUUGAUUGGCCGAGGCAGAGGAUAGAGGGCAAGACGUGCAGAUGGAAAGGCGCUGUCGUUGCUUUAACCCACGUUUAUGUGAAGUCUCGGGAGCAUCCGCUUCCAGGUCCUAUAGAGGUAGACGGCGACGAGACGGUCGAGGCCUUGGCGAAGCACCUAGAUCGGCAAGCAGUUUCUGAGCUGGAAAAUAGGGGC